AUGGAGCAUGGUGGGAUAUCAGUGGCGCCUGGCCCCGGUGACCAGCUAGAGCAAGACUACCACCUAGAGCUCGAUCCCAAUGUUGGGAUCCAGGCUGAUACAGUCGAUUUCGGGCUAAAAGAGACAUACGACCAAGUCGAGCACGUGCUCAUUGGGGACGUCGCCGACGAUGCACCGUCUUUGGCGUCCUAUCUCAAGCAUGGCUCGGCAGACGGUGAUGCAUACGGCACGAUUGUGGGUGACCAGGAAGCCCAAACGGGCGAGUACACCGAAGACCCCAGCGUUGUUGUCGAGGUUGAGGCCGAGUACCAAGAUGAGAUCGGAUACGAGGACGAUGAUCUCGUGGCGACGGACAUUAAUGCCGACCUGAGCAUAACAGAGACCCGCGACAUGGAAGCUGGGUUGUCCGUUGCCGUCCCCGAAGGUCGUAUGGAUUCUGCCCAAUCGGUUGAUGGAAGCCACUCUGAACCAUCAGUCCACGAGGAGGACGACUCCCGGUCCCAAGACACCGCCAACUUCGAAGAUGCUGCUGAGAGAAGUCAACUGCAAGAUGAGUCUGGCGGCGUACACGAAGAGGACUCGGCCAAUCAUGUAGAAAGCGAGAACCUGGACGAUAAUGAUGCCAAUGAGGCCGCCCAGGACCAGUACGCUACAGAUCACCGGAUCAUGGACCUAGAACAUGCGCUUGACGAUCUCACGCGAUCUUCCAAUGAAGUCCCGGACAUUGAAGUUGUUUACAACGAAGAGUGUUACUCUCUGUUUGGGACUCCAGAUGAUGAUCCUGAAUCUUACUUCCUUUCCGACAUCCGAGAGCUCGAUCGUCCGCUGUCACAGUUCCUCUCUGCUAUCCGGGCCGUCAUCUCCGACGAGAUAGCGCCAACGGAUGAGUUAGCGGUUCUUUUUGACCCUCUUGGUCUCGAGUUUGGUGAACGGUCGAACGUGCAAUUCCUGAAUCGCAGCUUCCGUGAGAUUCUUGAUUGUCAUGCCACACUGAUGAAUAUCUCCACGGCGUCUUCGAUGCAUGGAGAUCCUGUCGUCCACCUGAUCAUACGGCGGGAUAGCGAGGAACAUUUCCAAGAACUACUCACCAAGGCGGAGCUUGUUAAAUGGGGGCACAGCGAGGCAGAGGAUUCUGAGAUUUCCGAACACCUGGAAGAGGAUGCCGAGGCUAAUGGCCGAGAUGAUGGACAAAUGCAGGAUGAGCCGUUCGGCGAUGGACGCUCGGAUGAAUAUCGUGAGGAGGACGAGCAUGCCGUCAGUGCAGCAACCUCCGACCAUGCUGCUGGCGGACAUAUCGAGGUCGAGGAUGACUCUGAGAUUCAAGUAGCGCAUUUCCAGGACGACUCGACAGGGGAACAGGAGCAGGACCUCCAGUUCGGAGCAACUGCACCACAGUCUCCGAACAUCCCCGCAGAGGAGAUUGCCGGUGAUGAAGACUUGGGCGGCGAUUCCCCUCGUCAUGCGAAUGCUGGCUACGAAGAUGAUGAGCAAGCCUGGGACGAGCAGGCAGCAGAGGACGAGGUAGCAUCCUCGCUUCACGCUGAGAUUGCGCUCGAAGUAUCCGGUGAGCAGAGCUAUCAAUCGACUGAACAACAGGAUGGCGACGACUUUGCCGAGCCAGGAGGUUUCGGCGCAAUGGAUUCGACUUCUGCCCCCGAGAAUGGCGGUUAUGAACAGGAACAGGCCACAAACGGUAAUUAUCCCGAUUUCCUCUCCACAGCUUCCCUUCUUUCUUUGCAGCGCAAACCGCCGAAGCAGGAGGAACCGUGGGAGAUUGAUUACUCGGAUGACGAACAUGAACCAAUCUCCCAUGCGAUCUCAAAGCAUUCUUCGCCAUCAUCGGCGCCGGGGUUUCCAGCGCAGGAUGCGGCUUCUGUCAACUCGAGAUCCGCGUUGAAGGCCGAUGCUAACAGAUAUGUCCAUCAAGACGACGACCUCGUUCUCACGCUCGAUGAUGAGGCUGGCCUACCCGCAACUCGUAGUGGUGUGGAUGAAGCGUAUGAGGACUACACGAUUACCUACGACGCCCCGGAAAACGUAGCUCUCGAUGCAGUAACCAACGAAGAGCCACCUGUCCUCGAGACGGCCCACGAGGCUAGUAGUGACGAACACCAGGACGGAGCCUACGUCGCUGCUGCAGCAGAAACGGAAUCUGUCCACACGAGCACAACCGUCAAAGGCGAUGAGAUCGACUACGAAGAACAGUUCGCCGAAGAUGCUUCAUUAGCAGCGGGGAAUGAAGCCCUUGACCAGUCGGCGGCGGCCUCUGGCAUCGACAAUGACGAGAUUGAUUGGGAGAACGAUGAGGAUGAGUACGAGCAACAGCCGGCGUCCGGAGGCGACUACGUCGAUUCGGUGGAGGCGCAAGAGGAUGCCCUGACUCCACCGAGCGCUGCGGGAAAACGAAGCAGGACUGACGAGGCAGAGAGUCUUGCCGACGAGACCGACUACAAGCGUCGUCGUACUUGA